GGCUCGUCUGUUUGCUGCAGCAGAAGUGUGGGAGAACCAAAACCGCAGGGAGUUCACCUUGACCAACAUCAUAUACUCCACAGUGCAGGUUAAACAGAGUGUGUAGUUUUCAGUUACUAAAUGGAGGUGAAAACAAACCUGCUCCUGAACGAACACUGAUUGACUGAAGUUAACAACGCCGAGUCUGAACAGAAAGACAUGGACGCAUGAGGGUUGCCAGGAAUAAUCGGUGAAGGUUUAUGAAUGAGCAGAAGCAGGAACUGACCUCCAAAAUAAAAAUGAGCAAAAGUUAUGAAUCAGCAACAAUCUCUGAGGUGGAGGGACACAUCUCUCUCAAGUAUGAAAUCAAGAAGAGACUUGGAAAAGGGGCCUAUGGCAUUGUAUGGAAAGCAGUUGACAGGCAGACGGGGGAGAUUGUGGCUGUGAAAAAGAUCUUUGAUGCCUUUAGAAACAGGACAGAUGCCCAGCGAACAUUCCGAGAAAUCUUAUUUCUUCAGGAGUUUGGAGAUCACGCAAACAUCGUCAAACUUCUUAAUGUCAUCAGAGCCCAAAAUGACAAAGACAUUUACCUCAUCUUUGAGUACAUGGAUACCGACCUGCACGCGGUAAUAAAGAAAGGCACCCUACUGAAGGACAUCCAUAAACGCUAUGUCAUGUACCAGCUCUUCAAAGCCAUCAAAUACUUGCACUCUGGAAAUGUUAUCCACCGGGACCAAAAGCCGUCCAACGUGCUCUUGGACACCGACUGUGUUGUCAAGCUGUGCGAUUUCGGCCUGGCCAGGUCGCUCAACCAGAUCCAGGAGGACAGUGGGAAUCCCGCGCUGACCGAGUACGUGGCAACUCGCUGGUAUCGAGCUCCCGAGAUCCUGCUGGGAUCCUCAAGGUACACUACAGGUGUGGACAUGUGGAGCCUGGGCUGUAUCCUGGGAGAGAUGCUGCUGGGGAAAGCUCUGUUUCCUGGGACAUCCACCAUCAACCAGAUAGAGAAGAUCAUGAGUGCCAUUCCACACCCCACCCCAGAAGAUAUUCUUGCGAUUAAAUCCGAGUAUGGAUCCUCCGUCAUUCAAAGGAUGUUACUAAAACCCCAGGUGCCUUUGGAGGAUCUUCUCCAGCCGUCUGUGCCUCCGGAUGCUCUUGACCUGCUGAGGGGUUUGCUAGUUUUCAACCCAGACAAGCGGCUAACAGCAGAGCAAGCCCUCAAGCACCCAUAUGUAGCCAGGUUCCACAAUCCAGCCAAGGAGCCAGCUCUGAACUAUGAUGUAGUGCUGCCAGUGGAUGAUGAUGUGCAAUUGUCUGUGGUUCAGUAUCGCAACAAACUGUAUGAGAUGAUACUGGAGAGGAGAACUAAUCAAGGGAUGCUAAGGCUGAUCCAGCCAAAGAAUGGAGGCUGCGUCAGUAGCGACGAGAAGCCCGGUGUGAGGUGUGAGAAGGAAGGGGAGAAGGGCGCAGCGGUGGCAAAUGGCGGCUUAGCGGGAAACCACGAAGAGAAGCCGCAGCCUGAAAAGACUGACGAGACGAGCCACGCGCCUUCACAUGUGGGCGUCGCUAAAUCUGGACCUGUAACUGGAGCCGCCUCAUCUGCUGCGGAGAAGAUGAGCCCUGGAAAACAAACAUACAACCCCAUCACACAUGCCCCAAAUGUUUUUGUUCGGAGUCCAGCUGCUUCUCAUUAUCACCACUCCACUGCAGCCAACAGGAAGGCAGUGGGACAGACGAAUGGAAAUGCAACUUCACCACCAACAGAGGGCACAAACGCCAAUGUAACCAUGGAUCAGAUCCUACAACGUGGUCGCUCAGCCCCGGUGUCCCAUAACCGUUCUUUCUCCUCGGCCUUAAACCAAACCCAGAGCAACCCUUUAGUCCGCAAGGAGGACCCGUCUUUGUCCGCUGGGCUGCAGGUCACAUCUGCACGCCUGCAGAACCAGCGGUCCUGUCCUCAGUCUCGUGAAGCUCGGCCACAGCCACGGUUCAACAAGAAAGUGUUUCAGAGUAACUGCAACGUGGCUGCAGCUGGCGACCCACGAGCCAAACUGGGCAGCUACGCGCAGGCCUACGGCACCAUCAACAAAACGGAGCUGGACAAUCUCCUCCGAAGUCGCCCUUACAAUCAGUAGCUGCUGUCGUACCAGCGGCUGGAUAACGGCACAUGUUUGAACACACAACAGAGUUGGCCUUUCUUAGGUGAGCGGCGAACAGACUGUUAGAUGAAAGGUAUUUUACGUACUGUUUAGAUUUCACCCAUCGGUUUACAUUUACUGUCUGUGCUGCUUAUUUGUGAAAAGUAGUAUGGCUUUAUUAAUUGUUGAAAAUAUGUAAAUGUGUGUGGUUUGUUUAUGGAGUUUUAUUGUAAGUUUUACAGAAGUGCAGCAGGGCAAAUGCUCUGAAGCUGCACAUUAAAUGUCACUCAGUCUGUGUCAAUUAGAUAAAUGUAAAUGUAUUUUAUUACUGUAGCACAUUAUCUGUUUAAAUCCCUGUAUUUUUUCAUAGAGUGUCCUUGUCAGAAGCUCAAUAUUUCUAAAUACUAUUGUAUGUACCACAAACGAUUUCUGCCCUGGGACCCAUUUAAGGUUUAAACCAGCUGUUAUUUCUCGUGCUGGUCGAUGUAGAUAAUGCCCUGUGGUGUUAAUGGUUAACAUCACACAAAGUCCAUUUUAAACAGACACUGUAUUAUAUGCAAAUAGUUGCUUUGAUGAAUUGAUUAAUUAUUUUUUCUUGUGAGUAUGGCAGCAAUAAGUCUUUGUGUUCUUCCGAUGUGUACAGAAAAUGUCAAACAUGAAACCGCUGUAAAGUCUAAAAAUAAACUGAGGUGGAAGUAGUCACA